GUUAGUUCUCUCGAUUCUAACCAGACAGCCAGCCGUCCGUUAGUUAGUCAGUCAGUUAAGUCCUACAGGUCCACACUCUCGAUACGGAGAGCGCCCGAGAGUGCUGGUAGUACCGCAGGUAAUUGCAGUGAUUUAUCAUACAGCCGAUCGAUAUGGCUACCACCAUGACGGACACAUUCACCCGACACUUGAUCAUAGUCCUGGUCAUCUCUUCCGUGAUGAUCCUUCAAAAUUCGCCCGUCAACAGCUUUCCACUACCGGACGCGCCCUUCGCAUCGUCAAAUGUUACUCCUUUAUUAUCGACGGACGCCGCCCAGAAGAGAGAGGACGACGGUCUUGUGUUGCUGGUGAAGGAUCAGUCGACAGCAAUCGCCCAGCAACCUGUUCCACCAGCCCAACCUUCUGAAAGCCCUUCUAAGCAAGUUCGAAUUCUUCAGCCAGUUGAUACGGUGUUGGAGAACGAGAUAUGGCAAUAUCGCUACCCGCCGUUCGACAACUUGUUCGCCCCAAAGGAGAAGGGGAAAUCGGAGGAGGCCGACGACAACGAAGCUGCAUUUAGUGGAAGAUCCACACGAUUGAGCACCGACGCUCUGCCCAGCUAUGUCAUUGGAAUAUUAGAUCCGGCCGAACUGGUCGACGGGCUCUUUCAACAACGCCCAUUCCCGUUCGGAUCGAAUCGGAAUAACCAACCCAACUUCAACAAGCGGAAUUCCGUGUCCAAUCCAGAGUCCGACGAUCAGUUCACUCGAGCGAGCAAGAGCGUCUCGGAGCAGCAGAGAAAGAUCUUUGGCGUACCCAGAAUCGUCCUCGAUUCAGACGACGAUCGUUGGGUGUGGCAAAGUUAAUUUCUAUAAUUCUAAAAGCCUUCUGAAACUCACAUUGCAUCUCAGAUGGAGGCCAUCACCAGGCUGUAAUCCUUUCACAUUCUAUAUCAAAUUCCGUCAUCCGAUUUUAAUAUUAUAAAAUUUAAAGAGGUUGUUUUCUUUUGAUUGUUUCUUUCUCCCAACGCCCCCUCGCCCUUUGUCUUUAUCCGUUCAAGCAAUAAAAAUCCCUUUUCUACGUAA